ACACACCACAGGUGGGAUCAGACAAACAUGGACCCCUGGACACACCAGAGGUGGGAUCAGACAAGCAUGGACCCCUGGACACACCAGAGGUGGGAUCAGACAAACACUGACCCCUGGACACACCAGAGGUGGGAUCAGACAAACAUGGACCCCUGGACACACCAGAGGUGGGAUCAGACAAACAUGGACCCCUGGACACACCACAGGUGGGAUCAGACAAACAUGGACCCCUGGACACACCACAGGUGGGAUCAGACAAACACUGACCCCUGGACACACCACAGGUGGGAUCAGACAAACAUGGAACCCUGGACACACCAGAGAUUGUGUUCCUAAAGACCCAGACCCUCCACAUCAUGGACACACUAGGACUCAGCACUCAGCUAAAAGUACGACAAUGUUCUCAAUGUCAGGGGAACACUGAGUUUUACUGUAACACAUGUAAACGUGACCUGUGUUUACAGUGUAAAAAGAAACACGUUACAGAAAACAGCACCAGAUAUCACAAUGUAGUGUUCUAUAUAACUCGUUAUACUGAGAAGAGUUUUACCACACAGUGUAAAUUACGACAAUGUUCUCAAUGUCAGGGGGACACUGAGUUUUACUGUAACACAUGUAAACGUGAUCUGUGUUUACAGUGUAAAGAGAAACAUGUUAUUGAUCUACAUACCAAACACCAUGGUGUUGUGAUUUACCGUGAGAACUUUAAAUGCGUCCCUUUACGAGAGACCUGCGUCCGACAUCCAAACAGAAAAUACAGAAUGUUUUGUGAUCACUGUUACUAUUCCGUAUGUAAACGCUGUACAGGUCAUAGCACACACACGCUGGUGGACCUUAGAACAGCCUAUCAAACAAAGCGACAACAACACAGAGAAAUCAUAGACAACAUCAGAAGUGAGAUUCUCUAUAACUGUCGUGUUUUCCUGGCAGGAAUCCAAACUGAUAUCCAAACUUGUCCCCAACAAAUCUGUCACCGUCAAUCACAGAUGUCAACAAAAGCCAAAGACUGAAAAGUCUGAUCGAUACUGCGGUAUGUGAUGUUAAAAUAAGAUACAGAGGUUUAUUGAUUGAUAGAAUACAACAACAGAAGAGAAAAAUCAACAGACACCUCACCCACAUACAGAACUAUGAAAACAGAAAUGAACAAUCAGCAAACAGAGCGGUACAAUUCCUCUUGUUUAUAAAGACCAGUCGUGUCCCCCAGAUAAAGGACACCCCUAAUCUUCCACUACACCUGCUGUUGUCCCUGACUGAGGGAUUCAACAUGGAUGAUGUCAGUCAGUUAUUGAGGGGAAUCCCAGAAAUCCAAAUGACAACAGGAAAACGACAAGUAGGAAUAGACAAGUGUGUGAAACUGAUGUCCACACCUGUAUUACACACGUCUGUCUGUGUGACAGGUAGUAGUUGUGUGUUACACAUAUCUCGCGUGAUCUCAGACAAGGUCUGGGUCUCUGAUUAUAACACUCUCAUCUUGAUCGACACAACAGGAUACACUAUACACCGUGUGACAGAUAUACCAACAUCGUAUAGAGUAGGACUACACACAGUGAACUGUUCUGGUGAACUGAUUUAUAUAGACAGGAAACAUAACGUCAAGAAACUCUCUGUAAACAAUAAAAUAUUUACGGCACUGUUAGAAAGACCAUCACCAUGGUAUCCACGGUGUGUCUACUGCUCCCCGUCCACUGGAGAUCUGAUGGUCGGGAUGUGUAACUAUAAAACAAAGACAGGCAAGGUAACCCGGUACAACAGUGGUGGUCAACACAUCCUGACCAUUCAACACAACAACAGUCACACACUGUAUAGUGGCCCUUAUUAUAUCACAGAUAAUAAGAACGGUGAUAUUAUUGUGUCUGACUGGAUUAAUUAUCUUCGUGGUGCUGUAGUGGUAACAGAGGGCGGGGGGAGACAUCGAUUCUCCUACACAGGACAUCCAUCAGGGUCAUCGCUAGCACCACGAGGAAUUUGUACAGAUGCACUGUCACACAUCCUGGUGUGUGAUGAUAACACCCACUCAGUACAAAUGAUUGACAAGGACGGCCACUUCCUGUCUCUGCUAUUGACACAACUCAGUUUAAACAGACCAUUUAGCCUGAAUUAUGAUGAUCAAACUCACCUUCUCUGGGUCGGACCAUUCAACACCAACACAGUGUCUGUAUAUAGAUAUCUACUGAGGAGGUACUCUCUGACUGGUAAGUACCAGUAGUACUGUAGUUUAUUGCACUGUGUCAGAUAUAUACAGAGGAGGUACUACAGUAGUUUUCUAGACAUGAUGACGAACUUGAAAUUGACACUGAUUACGAUCUGUCCACUUUGGAAACUUUGGCAAAACUAAUCUCAUCUGGACAUCACCAAUUCAUUAUCAACAAAGUGAUUGUUAUAACAACAUGUCGCUGCUCGUAAUUGCAUGUACAACUACAUGAUCAAGAUACUCAUAAUUACAAUUGCAAAGCAAGAGGCAAAAAUAACGAUGCCGCCUUUUUCAAACAUUGACCGUUUGUUUAAUUGAGAGCUGGUUUAUUCAAUUGAUAAUUUUAUUUUAUUGAAAACCGCCGCAGAUUUGAGAGUUUAAUUGCGUUAAAUUGAUAACUUGAUUUGGGGUUUCAGUUCCCAUUUCAACUGUUUGAAAAAGAAUAUUUCUAUGUAAAUGACAUUCAGCUCAUAAAAUGAUAAACAUGACGAUAUAUUAAUAAUGGCGGAAAUGCGGCAGUCUAUAGAUCUGUUACAGAAGAAGAUGGAUGUAGCAAAUCGCCGAGCGUCAGCUUGCGAAUCGAUGCUGGGGACUGUUCUUCGAAACACGAACGUCAUUGUCGACAUUGCCAGGAAUAUAUAUAUAAAAAAAAAACCAGCACGUUGCCAGCAGCGAUCACAAUAUCGUGUGUGAUGUAUUUGCAGAUGUUCCAGAUGAGUUCAGAUAACAGCAUCGCGACUCAGAGAAAUACAACGGGAUUCAAAAAAUGCCGGCAAGUUUGUUGUAAACCUUGCACGAAAACUCUUGAUUGAACUAUUCGAGGAGGGAAAUAUACGCUGGACAUACAACUGGUAUGGCGGAGGGAAACAUAACAAGCAGGAACUGGACCAAAUAAGGAAGACUACGUUUGCUAUUUUUAUCCGGAGUUCAAACCUGAGGACGUUUGAAGAGAGAGGAUUGUGACGAGGGUCAACGAGUCACUCCGAAGAAAUGACAAACGAAGCAGGUAGUAGAGUGCAAAUACAAGUCUGUUGGAUUUAUCCAUCCCGACAGCCGAACCAGCUUGUCCUGACGACGUGUACGAUUUCACAGACUAAGACAUCAUGCUGUAAACUUUGAAUAUCGUUGACCACAGGUGCAUGUAUGUAAAUACACACCUUUUGUAGAACAGUAGAGAAAAAUGCACAUACAUGUAUACUCAGCUUUAUUAUUAUUAUUAAAUUAUGGAAAAUGAAAAUAAUGUAUACAAUGUAUUGUUAUUAUUACUACAAUGGGCUAAGUAAUAUUUAUCUUCUAGAAUCCGAGUAAUAUUCACAUUAUCUAAUAGAUGGAUUGUCCUUCUGUCACGAAUUUUAAAGGAAUUCAAUUCUAUACAUGUAUUUGUACACAUGUUUUAAGAAAAUAUGUAUAACACACAUAUAAAGGUAGGAAAAGGAUUAAAGAUUUGUAUUAGCAAAAA